AUGCCUGUUCUAAGCGCGCCCCUGCGCUUGUUGCGCACAACGGAUACGCUCGGAUAUCCGGCGACGCCAUUGGCCGCCUCGCAUCUUUGUGCGCCGUUCGCCAUCUUUUCCCUUCAAGGCAUGGGUUUGAUGCUAACACCAGGAAUGAACUCGCAAGGUUCCGGUAUUUGCAUUACAGGGCCAAGACAACCUACCAAAAGGUCCCUCGACUCGACUCAACUCGACGGCGACGGCAACGGCAACGGCAACGGCAACUCCUUGACUCGGCUGGACAACCCACGAAUCGCUCGAAUGCGACAACUUGCCAAACUCCUAGCGCGUCUAUCCUAUCGCCCUGGCCCCGGCCCUGGCCAAUUCCAACGGGCUUAUGCACGGCAGAGAAACGAAACACCGCCGAGAAAUGCCGCCAGAGAAACGCCGCAAGCCUCCGCGGCGCGCUUCCGUAGCCCUGCCUCGCCCUCUUCCCACUUCCACACCCUCGAAAACGAUGCGGCUCGCGCUGACACCCGCCAUGUCCGCCGUAUCCGCCAUGUGUCCACCAGGGAGAAUGUUCCUGACCUGCGAGAUGCGCCCAUCGAUUCGGCUUAG